CUUGCUCAUACGUUAUCAGUUUAGAUCUCCUUUGGAGCCUAUCACUUAUAUCCCUCUUUCCUCUCCUCCAUUAAAGCGCUUACUCUCAAUUCUCCAUUGAACCGCCUUCUCUGUUCUCUCUCCUUCAUCGAAGCAGUUUUUGAGGUGUUGAUCUAUGGCUUCCAACUCAGGGAAUGAUGUGCCCGCAGGUGCUCAAGAACCCCAGAAGUCCAACCCAGAAGCAUCUUCUGAGCAGUCUCAAUCAGGACAGACAACAUCUUCUCCUGCUCCAGGACCUGGAAUGCCCCCAAAUCCUUUUGAUUUUUCAGCUAUGUCAGGCUUGCUCAAUGAUCCAAGCAUCAAGGAGCUGGCUGAGCAGAUAGCGAAAGAUCCUGCUUUCAAUCAGAUGGCUGAGCAAUUGCAGCAAACCUUUCAGGGUGGUCCUGCAGUUGAGGAACCACAAUUUGACCCCCAGCAGUAUUAUUCCACUAUGCAGCAGGUGAUGGAGAAUCCUCAGUUUAUGGCCAUGGCUGAACGUCUUGGUAGCGCUUUGAUGCAGGAUCCAUCAAUGUCUGGCAUGCUUGAGAAUUUGUCCAAUCCAGCCCAAAAAGACCAGCUAGAAGAACGAAUGGCACGUAUUAAAGAAGAUCCUUCUCUGAAACCCAUAUUGGAAGAGAUAGAGACUGGUGGACCUGCUGCCAUGAUGAGGUAUUGGAAUGAUAAAGACGUUCUUCAAAAGUUGGGCGAAGCUAUGGGUCUAGCAGUCACAGGAGAAGCAGCUACAUCCUCUGAGCGUGCUGUGCCUGACGAGUCAGAGGAAGGUGGUAAUGAAGAAGAUGAGUCUGUUGUUCAUCAAACUGCUAGUAUUGGCGAUGUGGAGGGGUUGAAAAAAGCUUUAGCUGCUGGUGCUGACAAAGAUGAAGAGGAUUCUGAAGGCAGGACAUCAUUGCAUUUUGCUUGUGGAUAUGGUGAGGUUAAGUGUGCACAAGUUCUUCUCGAGGCAGGAGCUAAAGUGGACGCGUUGGAUAAGAACAAAAAUACUGCCCUUCACUAUGCAGCUGGUUACGGGAGAAAAGAGUGUGUAGCACUUCUCCUGGAGAAUGGUGCUGCUGUUACUCUCCAGAAUCUUGAUGGGAAGACCCCCAUAGAUGUUGCCAAAUUGAACAAUCAACAUGAGGUUCUCAAAUUGCUGGAGAAAGAUGCAUUCCUGUGAAUGUGAUGGCAUGUUAGUUGGGGUAUAAAUGAUGUUAUGCGAUAGGGGAGAUUUGUGUGUUGAUGAGUGGACUACGUCCCAUGGCAAAUGGGGUGGGGCUGUUCUACCAUUGAUAGAACUCCCUCAGUGCCAUUGCUGCUGCUCAGCGUGCAGUUAGAUGUUUUUUGGUAUUUUGUUUCAUGUGUUUUCAUGUGCGUGCCGUAAUUAUAGUUCUUUUGUCUCAACUAUUCAGACAUUUGUUCUUGACCAUAUCUUAUAAUUGAUAUCUUAUUAAGCUAUUACGUUCCAGUGCAUAUAUUGUUUC